GGAAGAGGCUGGCGGGAAACGGCGCGGAUCCCAAGCCCGGGAAUAGGAGGAGGAGGAGGAGGAGGAGGAGAUCGGGCGGCUCGGGCGCUCGUUUUCAGCCCGGUGGACUUCGGAGAGGCUUUUUCCGUGCGGGGGGAGGGGGUCUGCGAGGAGCGCUCCCAGCCCUGGGCCAUGUAUUGGAAGAGCAGCCAGAUGUUUGUGUGUAAACUGGAGAAGGACGUGCCUGCGCUUCGCCUCGCGACGGAGAAGUUCCCGAAGCUCAUGGCUGAGGAGAGCGAGCGAGGGGCAGCCGCUGCCGCAGCGACUGGAAGGAGGCGGAAAAGCGUCGGAGACACAGGGCUGGUGAGUCCAGAGGUGGUGGCUGAUGAGGAUUCUUGCUCUUCUUCCACCCCGCUGUCGCCGUCCUCUUCGCCCCGUUCCCUGGCUUCUGGCUCAGGCAGCUGCGGCUCCAGCAAAUGCAUCUGUAAUAGUUGUGGUCUAGAGAUUGUGGACAAAUACCUACUGAAGGUAAAUGAUAUGUGCUGGCAUGUACGCUGCCUUUCCUGCAGUGUAUGCAGGACCUCUUUAGGAAGGCAUACCAGUUGCUAUAUCAAAGACAAAGACAUUUUCUGCAAACUAGAUUAUUUCAGACGGUAUGGGACACGCUGUUCUCGCUGUGGUAGGCACAUCCAUUCUACUGAUUGGGUUCGAAGAGCCAAAGGAAAUGUGUAUCAUUUGGCCUGCUUUGCAUGUUUCUCCUGCAAAAGACAGCUCUCGACAGGAGAGGAAUUUGCUUUGGUUGAAGAGAAAGUCCUCUGUAGGGUGCAUUAUGAUUGCAUGUUGGACAACUUGAAAAGAGAAGUUGAAAAUGGGAAUGGUAUUAGUGUAGAAGGUGCAUUAUUAACAGAGCAAGAUGUUAAUCAUCCCAAACCAGCAAAAAGAGCUCGAACCAGUUUCACAGCAGAUCAGCUGCAGGUAAUGCAAGCACAGUUUGCUCAGGAUAACAAUCCAGAUGCACAAACACUGCAAAAACUGGCAGAAAGAACAGGCUUGAGCAGGCGUGUGAUACAAGUAUGGUUUCAAAAUUGUAGAGCACGCCAUAAGAAACACGUUAGUCCCAACCACUCAUCCACUGCUCCUGUUACAACAGUCCAAGCUUCUAGACUUUCACCACCAAUGUUAGAAGAAAUGGCAUAUUCAGCAUAUGUGCCACAAGAUGGGACAAUGUUAACAGCUCUCCAUAGUUACAUGGAUGCUCAUUUACCUUUUGCUCUUGGACUCCAGCCUUUGCUAACCCAUUCAGUGACACAGCUGCCAAUAAAUCACAGCUGAUUUAUUUAUUUCAGGGACAUGGGAGUAAGGAUAUACAUUCUGAGUCACCUAUUGUACUCUGUCAUUGAAAAUCAAUUUAAUCUUAAAUAGCAUCCAAAGUGUUUUGAAGACCAUUUAGUUGCCCAGGUAUGUAAGUAUAGAUGGCUUGCAGGACACUUUUAUGGCUUUCUCCAUAAAUACUGUAUGUUUACAAACUUUAUUGAAGAGAAACAUCUUUUUUUUUUUUGUAUUGUCUGGAAGUAGUCCAUUCUAGCUAUGUGUUUGUUAAUUUAUUUAUCAUCAAAAGAGCACUUUGCCUAAAAGACAGGACUGACAAUUGUGCAAAAUGUUUACAAUUCUUUGUGAAAUUAUAGUUCAUCAUUAGUUCGUAUCUGUAAGUUAUUGUUAUUAAAGUAUUACAUGUAUUUGAGUUACAUAGCAGCCUAUACUUCAAAGCUUAUGUCCACAAACAGGCAAAAUUUCAUUUGCCAGCAUUCUCCAAUUGACCUAAAUAAAGCCUUCUGUUGUAGCAUGCCAAACAAAUAUGGCAAUGUG